CCCCACGUUAGAUUGUGCAGUAGACAACGUGUUCUUUAGACUAUUGCUGUUUUUUUACAGUAGGUAAUGUGUUAUUUACAUUAUUGAUGUGUUUUACAGUAGGUAAUGUGUUAUUUAGAUCAUUGCUGUGUUUUACAGUAGGUAAUGUGUUAUUUAGAUGAUUAAUGUGUUUUACAGUAGGCAACGUUAUUGAUGUAAUUUUUUGCGGUAUUAAAGUCAUUCUCGGAGUACGAUCUAUGACAGGAAAUUGUCUGUGUUUAUUCGUAUAAAUUUGAUCCAGAUAGUGAUACAAGUUAUUGAUAGGUGAUUGAGUACUCGAUGACUUGUACAAGUUAUUGAUAGGUGAUUGAGUACUCGAUGACUUGUACAAGUUAUUGAUAGGUGAUUGAGUACUGGAUGACUUGUACAAGUUAUUGAUAGGUGAUUGAGUACUGGAUGACUUGUACAAGUUUUUGAUAGGUGAUUGAGUACUGGAUGACUUGUACAAGUUAUUGAUAGGUGAUUGAGUACUGGAUGACUUGUAUAGCGCGUGUGCCUGUCUUGAUGACUAACUCAACAGCCGAGACAUUUUAAGCAGCGAUAUGGAAACUAAUUUGAGACAAUGUUAAAAUAGAGAACCCACUUAUCAGAGCCGUUCUAAGGAGUUUGGGGGCCCUAAGCAUGGAGCGUAGGUUGGGGGCCCCGGAAGGGAGGGGGUCCGGGGGUGGAGCUCCCUCGAGCUGAGGAGAAAACACCACCCACCACUGCGGCACCUCCAUUCUGCCUUCAUCAAUGUUUUCUCUUUCCCAUUCCCACGGCCAAGCCCCCGAUUUCCUGUCUGCCGCCCCCAAAGCUCCCCCCCCCCUUGCUGCUUCCCUUCCCCUGCCUCCGAAUUCAACUCAGAAUGAUAAAUUUCACUAUGAGGAAGGUAACGUGAGUGACACAGACGGCUGCAGUGACCGUUAAAAAAAACAAAAAAAGACCGGGUGUUCGAGGGCGCCUCACGGGGGCCCCCUCACGUUCGGGGCCCCCUCACGUUCGGGGCGUAGUCAGCGUAUGCCUAAGAACGGAUCUGCACUUAUUAAUUGUUCAGAUCUGCAUCAAUAAACAUGUUUAGAUAGAAUUAGAAGAUCCACUAAAGACAGGUUGACAUCCAUUAAUAUGACCUGUAAACAUCAGUAAAUCUCUCAGUCACUAUAACAAGUCAUCGUUGUUAAACAAUAAAUCCAACAUGUUAUAAAAGGGCGGAUAAUAUUGGCUUGGAGUUGACUUUGUCUUGAGUAACGUGUACACACGUAGUAUGUUCAUCGUGACACAACUGUGUUGUUUUGUCAUGACACUGACAGUUUCGUUGUGAGCUUAGAGAGUUAUCUCUACUGUGUGUUUAUCACGUGACAGCCGAAUUUGAGCCCAUAACGUUAUAUGGCUUACAUGGGGUUGUAAUCUAUAUGCUACUGGUCGGCAGCCCGCGGCUACGAAGCUGCAUGUAUGGAUCUUUGAAGGAAUAGAUGGGAUUAUUUGUUUGUUUCACCACCUAUCUCUUGUGACAUUCUAACAAAAUGCCUCUGUGUGCGGCUCCCAAAAUGUUUGAUUAGUUGAUCAAUUUAUAAAAAUUGUCCCACACUCAAGAUGUUGUCACUCCUGGAAUAGGUCAAACAUAGUUUUGAGUAGUCGCCCUUGUGCUAGGGAGACUUUAGGUGUGAGUAAUUGUCCCCCCGGGCGGGUCCAACAUAUGUGUAAGUAGGUUACUAGAACGCCUGUCUGUAGUCACAUCAAUUAAUUGUUUCACUGUUCGGGUUUUAUUCAAGUUAACAAUUGCAUGACUUGGGGGGAGGGGGGGCAGAUAAUGUUAUUCGAUACAUUCAAGAACUCCACAUUUGCUCUUUAUGUUAACAUUACCAAUAACAAAUAAAAAUUCUUGCCAUAGAUUUUAGACGUGUUGAUAUACCAACAGGAGAGAUUGAUAACUUUUUUCUUCAUGUAAACGAAGAGUUAUUUAAAAAAUCAAAAAAGUUCUUACAUUGUGUCAGAUCACUCAACAUAUGCAGUGCACUCUGAAUGUCAACUUAUGAUGCAGUGCUCUCUCAAUGUGAACAUAUACUGCAGUGAAUUCUCAGUUUGAACAUAUUAUAGCCUCCAGUUGCAGUUGACUGACCCCAAGAUCGUGUAUAAGGCGUCCAAGAUAUUUCUUGUGAUUUCUACACAGAACACGUUUCUCAAGUACAGUACGGUGAGCUGUGAUACUGAACAAACUCUAAUGUGGAUAGCUCGUGAUACUCAACAAACUCUAGUGUGGAUAGCUCGUGAUACUCAACAAACUCUAGUGUGGAUAGCUCGUGAUACUCAACAAACUCUAGUGUGGAUAGCACUCGUCCAUUCAAGGGAACACAUAUUUGACCAAUAGACAAUGACUGCCAACUAUGUCAACUUGGCGCCAACACAGACGUUCAAGUUUCACGAGGGAUGGCUUGAUCACAGGUCUCAGGUGAGGUCACUGUCAUGUGGGCUGUCUGGUCAACAGGGUGAGAUAAUUAUUAGGGUUGGCUGAUAACUUUACUUGCCAAUUAUGUCCCGUAAUGCGUGAUCCGUUUCAACGCCUUGUUAUGUCCCUUGAUCCACUCUUUGUUCUGUCCCACUCCUUGUUGUGUCUCUUGUUCCCGCUUCUGUUAUUUCCUUUUGUUCCCACUCCUUGUUGUGUCCCUUGUUCCCACUCCUUGUUGUGUCCCUUUUUUUCCCACUCCUUGUUGUGUCCCUUGUUCCCACUCCUUGUUGUGUCCCUUGUUCUCACUCCUUGUUGUGUCCCUCGUUCCCACUCCUUGUUGUGUUUCUUGUUUCCACUCCUUUUUGUGUCCCUUGUUCCCACUCCUUGUCGUGUUUGUUGUUCCCACUCCUUGUUGUGUCCCUUGUUCCCAUUCCUUGUUGUGUCCCUUGUUCCAACUCCUUGUUGUAUCCCUUGUUCCCACUCCUUGUUGUGUCCCUUGUUCUCACUCCUUGUUGUGUCCCUCGUUCCCACACCUUGUUGUAUCCCUUGUUCCCACUCCUUGUGUCCCUUUGUCCCUUGUUUCCACUCCUUGCUGUGUCCCUUGUUCCCACUUUUUGUUGUGUCCCUUGUUCCCAUUCCUUGUUGUGUCCCUUGUUCUCACUCCUUGUUGUGUCCCUUGUUCUCACUCCUUGUUGUGUCCCUUGUUUCCACGCCUUGUUGUGUCCCUUGUUCCCACUCCUUGUUGUGUCCCUUGUUCUCUCUCCUUGUUGUGUCCCUUGUUCCCACUCCUUAUCUUGGCCCUUGUUCCCACUCCUUGUCUUGUCCCUUUUCCCACUCCUUGUUGCGUCCCUUGUUCUCUCUCCUUGUUGUGUCCCUUGUUCCCACUCCUUUUUGUGGCCCCUUUUCCCACUCCUUGUUGUGUCCCUUGUUCCCAAUCUUUGUUUUGUUUGUUGUUCCCACUCCUUGUUGUGUCCCUUGUUCCCACUCCUUGUUGCGACACUUGUUCCCAAUCCUUGUUGUGUUUGUUGUUCCCACUCCUUGUUGUGUCCCUUGUUCCCACUCCUUGUUGUGUCCCUUGUUCCCACUCCUUGUUGUGUCCCUUGUUCCCACUCCUUGUUGUGUCCCUUGUUCCCACUCCUUGUUGUGUCCCUUGUUCCCACUCCUUGUUGUGUCCCUUGUUCCCACUCCUUGUUGUGUCCCUUGUUCCCACUCCUUGUUGUGUCCCUUGUUCCCACUCCUUGUUGUGUCCCUUGUUCCCACUCCUUGUUGUGUCCCUUGUUCCCACUCCUUGUUGUGUCCCUUGUUCCCACUCCUUGUUGUGUCCCUUGUUCCCACUCCUUGUUGUGUCCCUUGUUCCCACUCCUUGUUGUGUCCCUUGUUCCCACUCCUUGUUGUGUCCCUUGUUCCCACUCCUUGUUGUGUCCCUUGUUCCCACUCCUUGUUGUGUCCCUUGUUCCCACUCCUUGUUGUGUCCCUUGUUCCCACUCCUUGUUGUGUCCCUUGUUCCCACUCCUUGUUGUGUCCCUUGUUCCCACUCCUUGUUGUGUCCCUUGUUCCCACUCCUUGUUGUGUCCCUUGUUCCCACUCCUUGUUGUGUCCCUUGUUCCCACUCCUUGUUGUGUCCCUUGUUCCCACUGCUUGUUGUGUCCCUUGUUCCCACUCCUUGUUUCCCUUGUUCACACUCCUUGUUGUGACACUUGUUCCCAAUCCUUGUUGUGUUUGUUGUUCCCACUCCUUGUUGUGUCCCUUGUUCCCACUGCUUGUUGUGUCCCUUGUUCCCACUCCUUGUCGUGUUUGUUGUUCCCACUCCUUGUUGUGUUACACAGUAAUCAAAAAAUAAUUUUUUUUUAUAUUCUCCUCAAUUUCAAUUCUGAUUAGAUUAACGGAUCGUAAAUCCAGACGCGUAGUGAGGGGUGUAGCAAUGAACGACACAUGUUUUGGGCGCCCUAUGAAAGGAGGGACGCAACAGUCUGUGAAGCGGACAAAUAAUUAAUUUUAUUUUAUAAACUACCGGCCAUCUCUGAAGCUGGUCUAAAACUAAAAGUCCCCAAUCUUAUAUUUGCCACGAAUGAGAACCUGAAUCAAUUCAUCCAUCUCCCUGCUUCACAUUUCCGCUGCAACACAACCCCCACUACAACAAACCCCACUGCCACACUUUCCACUGCAACACAACCACGUUGCCACACAACGCCACUACCACCCAUAUCUACAUCCCCUCAUUUACACAACUGUUCACACCCCUCACCCCCCCCCCCCUUUUAUAUUUUUUCUGACGCACAUCUUUACUUCAACCUAAGCGUCAUAUUUUCAUGCCAUCUAUCUGUAUCCAAAUCAAUCAUUUCCACAAAACAGAUCUAUUCUCUCUGUUGGCAAAAAAAAAAAAAGUGAACGAACAGAAAUUAGCUGUUUAAAAAAAAACACAACUUUCUACCGUGUUCAUUAAACACCGUGUUCAUUAAACACCCCGGAGACAACAAUGGAAUUAUGAAAAGUAAAUAAACAAAUGUACCCUUCAUCUACGUCAAAGUAAACAUCCAUCUAAUCCCCCCACACACACACACACCACACAUACACACACCACACAUACACACACCACACAUACACUUUUGUUUCAUAAGUCCCAGCGACGGUCCUGAAUAGAUCAAGGAAGUAAACAGACGAACAGGACCGUUUCCAUAACCCGAGUUGAUCCAAUCCAUAUCUUAAAGAUUUCUACAGCCUGGCUUAGGCUCAGGUACCCACGAGAAUGAAAAGUGUGGAUAGACCAGGAAGGAAUUUGGACACACAUAAGCUAUCUAUUCAAGCUGAGCCACAUGUGAUACUAUUAUACAAUACAAAUACAAUAUUUUGGCUGCUAAAAGGCAAAUGGCAACUGCGGUAAACAGGGGUGGACUGUACUGUGGUAAACAGGGGGACUGUACUGUGGUAAACAGGGGGGACUGUACUGUGGUAAACAGGGGGACUGUAAUCUGGUAAACAAGGGGACUGUACUGUGGUGAACAGGGGGACUGUACUGUGGUGAACAGGGGUGGAUUGUACUGUGGUAAACAGGGGGACUGUACUGUGGUAAACAGGGGGACUGUACUGUGGUAAACAGGGGGACUGUACUGUGGUAAACAGGGGUGGACUGUACUGUGGUAAACAGGGGGACUGAACUGUGGUAAACAGGGGGACUGUACUGUGGUAAACAGGGGGGGACUGUACUGUGGUAAACAGGGGUGGACUGUACUGUGGUAAACAGGGGGACUGUACUGUGGUAAACAGGGGGCCUGUACUGUGGUAAACAGGGGGACUGUACUGUGGUAAACAGGGGGACUGUACUGUGGUAAACAGGGGGACUGUACUGUGGUAAACAGGGGGACUGUACUGUGUUAAACAGGGGGACUAUACUGUGGUCAACAUUGGCGGACUUCUCAGUCCCAGAAGAAAACAAAUCCCGAAGAGGUUUGUUCAGAGGAAAUUUCCACCUGAUAUAAACAAGCCUGAUAUAAACAAGCCUGAUAUAAACAAGCCUGAUAUAAACAAGCCUGAUAUAAACAAGCCUGAUAUAAAUAGAGGAACAAUUUCCAAAGUAGACUUCAGUCACGUGUCAAUAAAACUGUUAUUUUUGGUUGUAAAAUCAAUAUUUAAAUGCCGUUUCCCUUGCAAUAAGCGAUGCUGCUUGAGUUAUCUUCGAGAAAACAUUUUUCUAGUUUCGACAAUCCAAUCAUCCGAGCAGCUGAAAUCUGAUGCACAACUUAAUCUCCGUCGCCGGUAUUUUAAUCCGGCAAAGUCUGGCAUAUCAAAGUCUAGCAUGUCAAAGUCUGGCAUAUUAAAGUCUGUCAAAUCAAAUUCUGGCAUAUGAAAGUAUGGCAUAUCAAAGUCUGGUAUAUCAGUCUACCAUAUCAAAGUCUGGCAUAUCAAAGUAUGGCAUUCAAAGUCUGACAUAUCAAAGUCGUUCAUAUCUUCAUAUUGCCGAUUUCCAAGACUUAAGAAAAAUUAAACUCAUGCAUUUUGCGUACAUCGUUUCAAUGAGUUGCCUUUACUGGUGAAAUGUUGCAUUAAAUGGUGAAAUAAUGCAUUAACUGGUGAAAUGUUGAAUUAACACGAAUGUUAUGUUGUAUUAACUGGUGAAAUGUUGUAUUAACUGGUGAAAUAAUGCAUUAACUGGUGAAAUGUUGCAUUAACUAGUGAAAUAAUGCAUUAACUGGUGAAAUGUUGAAUUAACACGAAUGUUAUGUUGUAUUAACUGGUGAAAUGUUGUAUUAACUGGUGAAAUAAUGCAUUAACUGGUGAAAUGUUGUAUUAACACGGAUGUCAUGUUGUAUUAACUGGUGAAAUAUUGUAUUAACUGGUGAAAUAAUGCAUUAACUGGUGAAAUGUUGUAUUAACUGGUGAAAUAAUGCAUUAACUGGUGAAAUGUUGCAUUAACUAGUGAAAUAAUGCAUUAACUGGUGAAAUGUUGUAUUAACACGGAUGUCAUGUUGUAUUAACUGGUGAAAUAUUGUAUUAACUGGUGAAAUAAUGCAUUAACUGGUGAAAUGUUGUAUUAACACGGAUGUCAUGUUGUAUUAACUGGUGAAAUAUUGUAUUAACUGGUGAAAUAAUGCAUUAACUGGUGAAAUGUUGUAUUAACACGGAUGUCAUGUUGUAUUAACUGGUGAAAUAUUGUAUUAACUGGUGAAAUAAUGCAUUAACUGGUGAAAUGUUGUAUUAACACGGAUGUCAUGUUGUAUUAACUGGUGAAAUAUUGUAUUAACUGGUGAAAUAAUGCAUUAACUGGUGAAAUGUUGUAUUAACACGGAUGUCAUGUUGUAUUAACUGGUGAAAUAUUGUAUUAACUGGUGAAAUAAUGCAUUAACUGGUGAAAUGUUGUAUUAACACGGAUGUCAUGUUGUAUUAACUGGUGAAAUAUUGUAUUAACUGGUGAAAUAAUGCAUUAACUGGUGAAAUGUUGUAUUAACACGGAUGUCAUGUUGUAUUAACUGGUGNCCCCACACCCCACCAACGCACCCCCAACGCACCCCACACCCCACCAACGCACCCCCACCCCAAGAUUUUUCUGUUCACACUAAUAUUUUUAAACGUAAAUUGUUCUGUUUACAGUAGCAUUGUGACUCUUUAAUAGUUCUGUUUACACUAGCAUUGUGACUCUUUAAUAGUUCUGUUUAUUGUGACUAGUUUUUCUGUUUACACUAGCCUUGUGACUAGUUUUUCUGUUUAAACUAGCCUUGGGAGCACGCUUCAAAAGUCUCAGAAUGAAGUGACAUCCUGGUUCCUCGACCAGAAGAAAUCCUGGCAGAUUUAAAAAAAAAAGAAAAAAAAAGAAGCAAUGUUGCCUGUCAUACGUUCUCUAGUUUAUGAAAAGUUAUCGACCUUGACCAUCACUGUUUAUGAAAAGGUUAUCGACCUUGACCCUCACUGUUUAUGAAUACUCCAUUGUAAAUAACUUGUGUUUGAUUUACUAAAAAAGAGGAAAAGAUAACUUUGAUAAAUUUAUCAGGACCACCUUUUAAUUUAACAUGUAAAAAAAAAAAAAAAUUAUUGCAAAAAAAUUAAUUUAAAAAAAAGUGCUGCAUUCUCUGAUAAGGAUUAUUUUGCAGCGCUCAUAUUUCUCCAUAGUUUACGCAUACCUCUGUACAUUCCAGCAAUAGUGUGACUUGAUGUCAAGUUACCGUGCCACGACAUGGUCCAGACACCAAGACUGCUUUAAAAACCAAUUCUUGACUUGUUCAUUCAAGCUAAUCUCUAGUUGAAGUAUUCGACCAACUUGUGUCUAGGGUUUCUCAGUUCCCGGAGUUUUACUUAUCCCGGGACAAAUGGAAGGACAUUUUCUUCAUCCCGGGACAAAGGGAGGGACAUUUUCUUCAUCCCGGAAUUUCAAAGAAAAUGAUUCCAGAAAUACCAAGAUAAAAUUGAGUUAAUUAAAAAUACAAAAUAAACCAUUUUUAUCUAUUUCAAAAAGUUGAUUGACAUCGAUGUUAUAUAGAUGUUAUAUAGAUGUUAUAUAGAUGUUAUAUAGAUGUUAUAUCGAUGUUAUAUCGAUGUUAUAUAGAUGUUAUAUCGAUGUUAUAUAAUGUUAUAUAGAUGUUAUAUAGAUGUUAUAUAGAUGUUAUAUAAUGUUAUAUAGAUGUUAUAUAGAUGUUAUAUAGAUGUUAUAUAGAUGUUAUAUAGAUGUUAUAUAGAUGUUAUAUAGAUGUUGUAUAGAUGUUAUAUCGAUGUUAAUUUGUUCAUGUUUAUUAAUGAAAGAACGGCCAUGUUAAGGUUCGUUGAGAGGUUGGUCACUUGCAACUAGUUUCUUCAUUUUACACGGCUUAUCUCUAGUAAUAUGGAUAACUCAACAGUAAUAGGCAUAACUUAACAGCAAUAUGGAUAUCUCAACAAUAAUAUGAUUACUCAAAAACAAUAUGGAUAACUCAACAACAAUAUGGAUAAAUCAACAACGAUAUGGAUAACUCAACAACGAUAUGGAUAACUCAACAACGAUAUGGAUAACUCAACAACGAUAUGGAUAACACAAAAACAAUAUGUCUGUGAAGCAAACGUUGGAUGUAUCCACCCUGUAGAAAAACAACAUCUAAACACUUCCUCAUCCUCAUGUCCCUUAGUCCUUGGACCGUUGGGGCGCCACAGAUGACAUGUGAACCAUCCUCCUCAUGUCCCUUAGUCCUUGGACCGUUGGGGCGCCACAGAUGACAUGUGAACCAUCCUCCUCAUGUCCCUUAGUCCUUGGACCGUUGGGGCGCCACAGAUGACAUGUGAACCAUCCUCCUCAUGUCCCUUAGUCCUUGGACCGUUGGGAACCGUUGGGGCGCCACAGAUGACAUGUGAACCAUCCUCCUCAUGUCCCUUAGUCCUUGGACCGUUGGGGCGCCACAGAUGACAUGUGAACCAUCCUCCUCAUGUCCCUUAGUCCUUGGACCGUUGGGACGCCACAAAUGACAUGUGAACCACCCUCCUCCAUUCCUCUCUGUCUUCAGCACUACGCACUGCAUCGCCCAGUGUUAGUCCUGUCCACUCUUUGAUGUUAUCCUCCCACCUUUUUCUUUGUCUUCCUCUUCUUCUCCCUCCUCUUGUGAUGCCCUGCAAUAUUUCUUUGGCAAGCCCUUGUUUCCUUGUUACGUGGCCGUACCAUUGUAAUUUGCGUUUUUUCACAGUCACCAGUAGGUCAUCGCACUCCCCAAUUGCCUGACGAACCCUUUCUUUCACUGUAUCUAAACACUUGACGAGUUUUAAUGAACAAAUAAGCCUUUCUGGCUCUAGUAGUGACGUGCCAUAUUCUUCAAACAUUCGUCGGUUCUAAUAAGUUCGUCAUGGUUCGUACUCAGUGACUUUAAAGUUCGGGUUCCGUCGUCAGUAGAUUUAGGGUUUGGUCGUCAGCAGGGUUCAGGUUUGGUCGUCAGGUUCGUGUUCAGUGUGUUCGGUUCAACGCCCCCCCCCCUUUACCUAAAACAAAUCUCUGGAUUGACAACCCCCUUCUCCUUGAAUAAAUAUUUUAAAUUAUCUUGGCGUGGUCGCAGUAUGCCAUCCACCUUAGGGUCGCACUACUUCCUCCACCUUAGGGUCUCACUAAUCCCUACACCUUAGGGUCGCACUACUUCCUCCACCUUAGGGUCUCACUAAUCCCUACACCUUAGGGUCGCACUACUUCCUCCACAUUAGGGUCUCAAUAAUCCCUACACCUUAGGGUGCCCACUUUCAACUUUUCCUUUGUUGUUAAAUGUAAAUGAGUUUUAUAAUAACCUGAAACUGUUAAAGAAAAUCAGCAACAUUUUGUAACAAAAUAUCAUCUUCAUCAUUUUCCAUUGUGUAACAUCCUAUCACAUUGUGUAACAUCCUAAUCAAAUCGUAUAACAUCCUAUCACCAUUGUGUAACAUCAUAUCUCAUUGUGGAACAUCAUCUCAAAUUCUGUAACAUAUUGACUUGUGUAACAUCAUAUCUCAUUCUGUAACAUCAUAUCACUGUGUAACAUCAUAUCACUGUGUAACAUCAUAUCACCAUUGUGUAACAUCAUAUAACUGUGUAACAUCAUAUCACCUUUUUGUAACAUCAUACCACGUACAUCAUAUGACACCAUGAUGUUUCUAAUUUCUCUUCUGACAGGAUGGCCACUGGGGGCGCUACUGGUGUGUGCUAAAAAAAGACGUCAUCUUUCUGUUCACUUCCAACAAAACAUCCAAGGAGGCGGUAAGCUGGGCCUGGUCGUUCGGGAGGGGGGGGUGUUGUUUCGGUUGGGGGGGUGUUGGGGGGGGGGGGGGGGGGGGUUGGUAGCGGUGGAGGACAGUUGAUCAGGGGCGGUAAGCUCAUCAGGGGUGGUAAGCUCAUCAGGGGCGGUAAGCUCAUCAGGGGCGGUAAACUAAGCGUGUGAGUGGGGAAGAUAGCGGUGGAGUAAAGGUGAUCAAGGGCGAGGAAACUGGGUCACCAGUCCAGUUAAUUGGUCACCCUGAUUACCAACUAAAGGCAUACAUAUUACUGAUUGACAUUCCCACGUAUCGUUUAUUUUAACUUAAUUGCCGCUGUAAUAUAAUGCGUGUAUAAAUCAAACGCAUGCUCAACACGUUAGAGUGAGCCAACCUGGCAGCAAGAAGGUCAACACGUUAGAGUGAGCCAACCUGGCAGAAAGGAGGUCAACACGUUAGAGUGAACCAACCUGGCAGAAAGGAGGUCAACACGUUAGAGUGAGCCAACCUGGCAGAAAGGAGGUCAACACGUUAGAGUGAGCCAACCUGGCAGAAAGGAGGUCAACACGUUAGAAUGAGCCAGCCUGGCAGAAAGGAGGUCAACACGUUAGAAUGAGCCAGCCUGGCAGAAAGGAGGUCAACACGUUAGAAUGAGCCAGCCUGGCAGAAAGGAGGUCAACACGUUAGAGUGAGCCAGCCUGGCAGAAAGGAGGUCAACACGUUAGAAUGAGCCAGCCUGGCAGAAAGGAGGUCAACACGUUAGAGUGAGCCAGCCUGGCAGAAAGGAGGUCAACACGUUAGAAUGAGCCAGCCUGGUAGAAAGGAGGUCAACACGUUAGAAUGAGCCAGCCUGGCAGAAAGGAGGAGAAUCAACAGACUAGGGAUAUUAUACACAAUCACUAACAGCAUGACUGAGAUCAACAGGGCUGACUUCUUCAAACCUUCGGACGAAAGAACAAAAGGAACAGAUUUACAUCCUGCCCUGUUCCAUUCACUCUUCCCUUGGACAAUCUCUGAGUGGAACAAUCUCCCCCUUGCUACCCCCUCCUCCUUCGAGUCGUUCAAGUCACGGCUCAGUGACAGCAGAUGCCUGAAGUCACCCCAGCCCCUAAGCCCCAAUGUCUUGUAAAUAGGCUUAACUUUUUAACUCCACCCCUUAUCCAAGCUUGCUCCACCCUCCCCAUCCAGACCCAUCUCCCCCUACCCCAAGCUAUGGCUUUUUAUCCUUCAUACAUGACUAGCACAGACCGCAUUAAAUUGAACUACAGUGUAUGGACAUCAAGACUGGCACAGACAGCAUUAAAUGGACCUACAGUGUAUGGACAUCAAGACUGACACAGACCGCAUUAAAUGGAUCUACAAUGUAUGGACAUCAAGACUGACAUAUACACGACUGGAUCUUCAAUGCUCGAGAGAGCCCGGUCCCUACGGGAAGAAUAAAUCUUAUUGAAAAAGUAAUUUGACAUUAAUGAAUACCCAACAGAAAAAUUGUGGAUUUCGUUGCUUUCAAAACCCAUAAUGACAUUUUGUCAUAAUCAUCAUAAGUCUUAAAUUCUUGACAAAAGAAAGAUUAGCUAUUUAUACAUAGUUGCUGGGAAUAUGCAAUAACACAUGUGGACACUUUAACCCAGAAGCAAUGCUGAUGAAAAUUUAAAUUAUUUAAUUUCAAGUUGCAAGCCAUGAUAAAAUGUGUCUCGGAAUGACAAGGCGUUAAACAGUUAAACUAUCAGUCAAAGCUAAACCCAGUUUCAACGUGAAAGCAAAGUGUACCUUAUCUGUAAACAAGGCUUUACCUAAGUACUGGAUUAGCAAUGAACAAAGCUUAACUUAAGUACGGGAUUUACAGUUUAAGUAAGAGCUAAUCCCAGGCAUGUUUGUCUUCUUAAAUUAAAGACUUACUACUUACACCUUUCGCACCGCCUGGGACAUAUAGGCCGUCUGCAAGAAUUUUCCAUUCAACUCCUUCUGGUGCUUUCCUUUUCUAUUGCUUCCAAGUGUAUGCCAUUCUUUGUAUGUCUGCCUCUAGCUCGCCUCUCCAUGUAUUCUUUGUAUGUCUGCCUCUAGCUCGCCUCUCCAUGUAUUCUUUGUAUGUCUGCCUCUAGCUCGCCUCUCCAUGUAUUCUUUGUAUGUCUGCCUCUAGCUCGCCUCUCCGUGCAUUCUUUGGGUUUUCUCUCUUCAUUUUCUCUUGUGAAUUCCAUGUUUGGGCUUCUCUGGUGAUGCCCUCUUGCGGUUUAGGAAGAAUGUGCCCCACCCACCUCCAUCUUUUCCUUAUGAUGUCUUUAGCAAUAUGUUCUUGGUUUGUCAUGUCCUUAAGUCUUUGUUGGGGAUCAUGCUUGGCCAUUUGUAUGUUAAGUAUCUUUCUAAGGCAAGUGUUUAUGAAGGUCUGUACUUUCUGUGUGAUGCUCGCUGUUGUUCUCCAAGUUUCAGCCCCAUAGAAUAGGCCUGUUUUGACAUUUGUGUUGAAAAUGCUGACUUAAGUUUGAAGAGUCAGCUACUUUGAAUCCAAUAUUUUAUUUACUAGCACAGAUGCUGACCUGGCCUUUAUAAUUCAAGACCUAACACCACCUUCGGAUUCUCAUACACUUAACACCCAGCAUUAGGUCAAGGCCUUCACUUCCUCCAGUGAAUUUCCUGUCAGUGAGAUAUUUUCUUGGUCACUUGUGUUUAUCUUCAUGAUCUUUGGGUUGCUUUUAUUCGUAUGGAGUUCGAGCUGUGAUGAAAUAGGGCUACAUAUUUUGUCUUCUCCUACAUUUGUUGUAGGACAAACGUGCAAUGUUAUUUGAAAAGUCAAGGUCAUUCAAUAGUUCCCAUGAUGUAUCCUGUUCCUCUUUUUAUCAGAUGAUUUUUUCAAUAUCUAGUAAGCGGCAAGGAUGAAUAGAAAUGGGGACACGAGACAUCCUUGUCUGACUCCCAUUUCCACUUUAAUGUCAUCCGUGAGCUUACCUUCGUGUACCACCCUGCGUGUAUACGAAAAUCCACAAGGUAAUUUCUUCAAAAGUACCCUGAAUGAUCCUGACUAGUUAAGCCGGACUACGCUGCCCUCAAUAACAAUCUCAUUUGCGAUGCAGAAGUCUUUCGGCGUUUUAAUUUCCCACUCCUAAACCAUGGCUCCCCACAAUUUCUUCAUAUUUUCUCAUUUUCCCCUUCAGGAAAACUUCUUUUUCAUCUUCCUAACCAUUGUUGAUGGGUGCAUAAGUAUUAUACUUAAUAUUUUCUUCGGUUCAGAAUGUUGCUGUAAUAAUUCUAGGGCCAUAUGCUUCAGAUUAUAUUAUAUAUAGUAAUAUAUGGCCUGCGUAUGUUAUUUGUUUCUACUGAGGCUAGUGUUAACAGUCCAGCUUGUGUACAGCUUAUGUACAACUUGUGUGCAGCUUAUGUACAGCUUGUGUACAGCUUGUGUGCAGCUUAUGCACAACUUAUGUACAUUUUGUUUCACGGAUGUCGAGCAGUGUGAGUUUUUAAGGUCUGAUUCCUGUCACCACUUGAACUCAUUUUCCUGUUUCAUUCAAGGCUCUAACAUUCGACGAGCGUAUGUUUAUUCCCCUUUGAAGGGAGGUAACUCUAACACUCGACGAGCCUAUGUUUAUUCCCCUUUGAAAGGAGGUAACUCAAGCAUUUGACCAGCCUAUGUUUACUCCCCUUUGAAAGGACCGGUAACUCGGCUUUGAGGUUUCCAGUAUAGCUCAAACCGUGCUCACAGCUCUUCCUGGGGAACAAUGGCCCGCUCUUAUCGAGGCUGAAAAUGUUUUUCCCCCCUGAUAGAAGUACAAGUUAUUCAAUUUUAUCAAAGGAAACCACUUAACACUUCCACAAAUUCACAGAUGUAAAUAUAGUUAGUAAUUUCCCCUUUGACACUCAGAACAAGCACCAGUUCAAGUAUCAUGAAGGAUUAUGCCCCUUUGUUCAUUCAAUUUUGUUGAGCUCGUUUUGGAUAUAUAACCUUGUUAUUAUUUUAUUCUGAUUUCAGCAUGUUGGAACAGUCGCCCUCGGGCCGCAGUCGAGAAUUGAAAAGAAAGAAGGAGACGAAAGAAGUGGCUAUAAAUUUGAUUUAUUUUCUUUAAAACGAGUAAACACUUUUAAGGUAAAUUGAGGACAUUUAUUUUGGAGAAAAUGAAAAUGGAGUGGUCUUAGUGGUGGCAAUGGUUUUGAAAAAGGGGCUUCUUAAGAAUUUUUGAUUGUCUGAAAUACAAACUGACAAAAUCUGAAUCAGAAUAUUUAAACAUUUAGAUACCUUAAAUUUGUGUUUUUUAAUAUGAUACGUGCUGUUGUACACCUCAUGCAGGCAGCUAAGUUCAGCGAGAGGGAGCUGUGGAAAGCUUAUGUUGAAGGCAUAGCAACAGUAAGUAAACUGAAAGUAACAUUAAAGUUUUGUACCUGUACACUGUAUGAAUGAAUGUCUCAGAAAAAAAAAAAUUAGUGUUUGCUUCAGUUUAAGGACAACACACUAAAAAUGUAAGCAAACCAUAAACUGUUAUUUAAAUGAAAUAAAAAGCCUGAAUACUGAUAAAGACCUCAAAUGUUUACUUAGUAGAUGAACACUUUUCAAUUCAGUUGUGUAGCAUAUUUUAAAGACUUAAAAAAAAAAUUGUGUAAAGUUUUAAAAUGUUUGUAGAAGUUUCAAUGAAAUUAUAAGAAAAUGAUUUUUAAAAAAAGAACCUCAUAGUUUUCAGUGAUUGAAAUCUUAUUUUUAUUUUGUAUUUAUUCACCAGGGUCGUGUACCAGAAAGUAUUGAUCUUCUUCCUGGACAAAUCAAUGAUAUUCAAAUAACUCUCAAUGAGUUUUACAACCAUCAACUGUCGUAUCCAAGACCAAACUCUGCCCACCCAGGCACUUCGUCUUUCACCCCAAAGGAUUGUUUUGACACGCCAAAUACAUCAACUUCUGGUUCAUUUGUAGACUUUGAAUCAGAUAAUAAUGAUAAGGGAGAUUAUCUUGAACCUGUCAGUCCCACAUUUAGCUAUAAUGUAAAAACAUCACAGGUAAUUAUUUGGAGGUUUUUUUACUUUUCAAAACUUCUUUUUUAGGCAAAAACUUCUUAAUUUACUAAAGACUCUUAUCAAAAUUGCUAUUUCUCCUGGAUCCCUACACUUUUUCAUUAUUGAUCUGUAUUAGUAAUUAUUAAACAAAAACUGUUUAUGACUUUAAUAAGUAAGAAUAUUAAUUUCCAUUGAUACAUUUUGUUUUCUUUAUUCAGAGGAAGAUAUUUUUUUCUGAUCCAGCAAGGACAGAUAUUCCCAGGUAUUGUAAUUUAUUAUUUUACUUUAAAUUAAGAUUGAGUCAUUCAACUAUGAAAACUGUUCCUUAUUUUUCAUUGUGACAUUUUCCCAGUAUGUAAGAUCAGUAAUAAAAUGAACAUGUGAACAUGUUUUUCCUGUGUUGUGGAAAAAUUUGCCAACUGUCUAUAAAUUUAAAGACAUUCCAUACAAAUUUGAAAUAAAAUAUACUUGUCCAUAAACAUCUGCAAUACGUGAAUGAUGGCCUUUAAAAAAUUAGAAAUUGACUUUAAGGCAUUUGAAGUGAAAGGAAACUGGAAUUCUCAGAAUUUGAAAUUUUUAAAAUUACUUUAAGCAUGUGUAAUCAUGAGCUGGAGAACUUAAACAUUGCCACACGAUAAACUAGAAUUUGUAUUCUAUGACAUAAUAACAUAUUUAUUUACUUGAGAGGCCGUGAAUAGUUUAAUUGUUUUUACCUCCAAAGUAGGCCUAUUAAAAAAUUAAUUUAGUAAAAUUUGUCCAGCUACAAAAUUUCCCCCAUAACAAAUUUAGAAGAUGAAAUAUAAAAAUAUUUUUUAGUAAAUUUAAUUUGAUUGAAUUGGCAGCCCUGGAUUGAGAUUUAGUCCAUCCUUAUUUUUAACAGAUAGAGUAGCAUUGUUGUUGUUAUAUAAGAAAUAUUCAUUUAUAUCAACACCCACUAAUCUAUAUAUCAUAAUUUCAGUUGGUUUUUCUCUAACUGCUCACGUGACCAAGCUAUUCUUAUUCUGGACAAUGUUUUUGGAAGUAAAUAUGGCAACACGUUAAUGAGAGAAGGCACUAAUGAUUUUAAGAAUUUGGUCAUCUCCAAAAGAAUGGAAAACUUAGGGUAAAUAACUUCUUAUUCUUAUAAUGUUUAACAUCUCGUUCCACAAUAAUAUAAAUGAAAAAAAUUGUGAUGAAAGAAAAAAUAUUUACACCUCUUUUUUUUGAAAACAGAAGUUCAUUUGCAAUUUUUGCUGUAUUAGCAGAAAAGUUUUUAAAAUGUGAGUUAUUCUUUAUUUUUAUACAGAAAAAGAACUUAUGCACACUUUGUGGUGACACUACAUAGUUCAGGAUACAAAAUUGAUGUGGAAAACCCGGUGAGUUGAUAUUAAUUUAGUAAAAAAACUAUUCUUAUAAAAAAAUUAUUUCAUAAUUAAAAAACAAACAAAAAAAAACAAAAAAAAAACAGUGUCUUUGAGAGUAACAAGAUUAGACAGUGCUUUUGAAAUAAUCAUUUAAUUUUAUAAAGAAAAAUAUAAAAUGCAUUAACUAAGUGAGGAAAUAAGACUGAAAGAAAUCCUAAAUAAACUAUAUUUUUUAAUUAGUGAGAUCAUAUUUUAUGUUGAACUAUUUUGAAUCAAAAUCUUAUUGAUAUGUUUAUAUUGAAUUUGUAAAUUAAUUGAUUAUCUUCAAAUCUCUCCAGCAUCAGCCAAUGAAAAGUUUAUCUGAAAUAAUGGAGUUUUUUGUGGAAUCAAGUGGGAGAGCAUCUACAUUUCCCAUGAAAACCAAUGACUUAUCUAAGUUUGGCAUAAGUGAAAAGAUUUAUAACGAUUACAAUACAAAAAUAGUCAAAUGUAAGUAAUUUAACACCAUAAAAUCAUAACUUACAUUGAAUGAUAUAACAUUUUUAAAUAAAUGCCACAGUGAAAAUCAUAAUUAUAGUAUUGUUAAUUUGUCUUUUUAUACAUGGUAAUAAGAUCGUGUGAUGAAAGAUAUAUUAAAUUCAAUUUAUUAAUGUUGACCCCUUUUUAAAGAAAUAGCAUUUUAAAAAAAUAGUUUAUUUAGAACCGUUAUCAAGGUACACAAAAAUAAGUUGUGAUCCAGUACCAGUUGAUGAUAGCAAAAUAGGCUUCUAGGUCACCAAACAAGGGAGGAAUUUAUUUUUCAAAAAGGUAUCAUAUGUGUUAUCUUAAGGUUUUUCUUCUUGGGUUUUAGUCUGGGCUUUGUUUUAACCUCUUACCCAGUCCACCUAUCCAGUUUAACUUCAAAAAUCAAGAGAGCUAACUAGAAAAGCAUCAAUUUUCUCUUAAAACUAUUAUUCACCAGGUUUAAUUUAAUUAAUCAAUAUUCUUUUUAAAGAGUAUUUGGUUCUCUAUUACAACAUUAAAAAAAUAUGUUUUGUGUUAUUUAUAUGUCAGGGUAAAUGACCAAAAUGUGAGUGAGUUAUGAAGCAUAAUGGUUAAAAUAACCUGGCCAUGACCUUAUUUUUGGGGGAAAUGCUGAAUUAGACUAUAGAAAAUAUUCACUACAUUUACAUUACAUUUUUCAUAGUCAUUAAAAUAUUAAACUUUAAAUUCUUGAGCCUGUAGUGUUGUUAAAUAUUACUGCAUUAUUUGCUUCAAUCAAAUUUGUAACUGUAAUAAGUAAUCUUAAAAAUUGAAUACUAAAAACAAUGAGGUUUACUCUUGGAUAAAAAUAAUCUCUUUUAAUUUUAUAUGUAGCCAAAUAGGAAAAACCUGUCUAAAAUUAUAUUACUUUUGUUUCACAAUAUUUAUGAUUAUAGAGUUUAGACAGGGCAGUUAGUAAUGCAUCUGUCAAUGAAAUCAUUAGCUAUAUAAAUAGCUGGGUGGCCGAGCGGUCUAAACUGUCUCUAAUGAAAUAGCUGGUGGUCUGGAGUUCAAUCCCCACUAAAGCCAUCCCAAGCAACCCGGGUGGAUGGGACUCGUUAGCCUUGGACGGCAACCUGUCUAAGAGAAGGCAAACUCUGAAUUUAAAACCAGGAGCCAGAAUGAUCAACAAAUUGAUCGUGGGCACCUCAAAUAUAAGAAGAAGAAAUAUUUAUAUAAAAAAGGGUACAUUUUUAAAAUUGUAUUAACUAAUGUUUGAAAUUGCUAUGGCAUUAAAGACAUUUGAUUUUGCAUUAUAUUUUUUUAUGAAACAACUAAAGAUGGCAAGGUGUUCUUUGUAUCAAAACUGUAUGCAUCUUUGCUAUUUUCCCCUAAAUCCAUCAAUUAUCAAAGUUUACAUAAUUUAUUUAAUCUUAAAUAAGCAAUUUACAUUAUAUCCUAAAAAAUACUAAAAAUUGUGUUUUAAUGAAGAUUAAUUAUAAUUGCUUUAAAUUUUUUAAACAUAAAAUAAAGCUUCUGUGUACAAUGUAAAAAAAAAACAAUAAAAUAAUUGCUAACUUCUCAUUCAGUGAUACAUAUAUUUUAGGAAAUAAAUUCUAUAUGGAAAAUUUUAAAAUCAGAUUUGAGUUUAUGAAUAAUUUUAGUUGUGCUUUUUUUAAAUUUAAAAAAAAAUAUUUUUUUUUAUACACAUUGAAAGGGAACUUCAUUUAAAUUAUAUGUUACUAUUUUUCAUUAUUCUAUUUUUAAAAAAGUUUUGGAAGCUUCAUUUUAUCAGUUUUUUCCCCUUUCUAUUUUUGCUUUAUCAUUUCCAGUCCAACAUGAUGCUGAUAGUGGGGAAGAAAGUGAGUAUCAAAAUUCUUUCUGUGAACUGUCUCCAGCAAUUUAAAGCCAAGAAAAUAUAAUCAGUUUUAGAAUGAGGAAAACUUUUUAAAGCAAAAGCUUAAAUCAAUUUUGAAAUGUAAAAUUAUUUACUGUAACUAUAAAUGUAAGACAAAAUGUCAAUGUGCUCUUGUUUAAAUUGUACUGGAAAUGCUAACUCAUUUAGCACCCCACUAACAAAGUUUUGUUUAAUAAUUUUGUGCAUUUCUUUAUUUGCAUGUGAUUUCUAGAGUGUUUUGAUACUAGAUUAUACAAAUGAUUAUGUUUAAUAAUUGUUUUAAUAGGCAUCAAAUAAUAUCUUCUUUAAUUUUAAAAAUCUAAUUAGUCUAAGUUCUUUAAUUUUAAUUGCAUAACUAUUUUAUUUUUCAGCAUUUGAAGGGCCACAAUUUUCAACAGAUUCUUAUUUAGGUAGGUUACAUUUGCUUAAUAUUAUGUAAAUAUUUAAAUAUAUCAAACAUACAAUUUUAAUGUUAAGUCAAAAUUUUAGCUGUUUUAAUUCUUGUGUUGCAUUAUCUUUUAAAAGGAGUAAUCACAUUUGUAUUUAUUGUGUUCAACAAAUGCCCCUUUCACAAUAUCACAUCUUGCAUACAAAGAAUCUUUUUGUAAAUAUUUUCUUCUUAUUGUGUCAAGUCAAAUUGAAAUCUCUUCAUGGCAUGCUUCUUAUUCAUCUUAUAUAAAAAUCUUAUAAUGUCUUGAACCUAGUUAAAAAAAUACUCUUCCUAAUCUAGUCUUAACAAUUAAAUAUUUGUAUUGCCAGCCUAUCACAGUUGAGCUCAAUAGAUUAUAACUUGAUGUCAAUUAAAAUUUUAAAAAAUAAUUGAUAAGUAAAGAAGUAAAAAUAAAUUAAACUCAUUAUUUAAAUAUUUUUGUAAAACUUGAAUUCAUCAAUAAAUGAAGGUCCCCCAGAACCAUGUGCACCUCCACCUCCAGCUCAUUCACAGAUAAGUUUUGCUAAUAGAACUAGUGGAUUAACUCAGGAUCACUUAGCUACAGGUAAUUAUAUUAUAAGCUUUAUAAAUAUAUACUGCAAUAUUAACAUUGUAAAGAAUGUCAUAAUAUUAGUAAUUUAAGUAUAAUGUGUAGCAUUAUUGAUAUAAGCCAUUUUUACAAAUCUGAAUGUUAAGUGUGAAGGAUGUAGUUGAAAAAGGUAUGUGGAAGCUUUAAUUAAGAAACAGGACAGUAAGACAAAAACGUUUUGGCCAAGAGCCUUCAUCAGCAAAACUGGACAGAUAAAAAUAGGACAAGAAAUAGAAACAAGUUAAAAACUUAAAAACUGGAUUUUAAGUGUGAGUUUUUUUUGUUUGUUUGUUUGUUUGUUAAAUAUUAUAAUGACAUUAUGCUACUUCAUUUGUUAAGCUUUUUUAUUCUUAUUUUAAAAAUUUUCUUUGCAGUCUUCCAAGAUAAAAAUUAUGUUGAAAAUAAACUAUAUGAAAUCUAAUACUUCUGUAUAGUCAAUAAUCUUUAUUUUGUUGCUGUUCUUCUCAUUAUUUCUUUACUUGUCUUUUAGUUAUCUUAGAAUACUAUAUUUAGAAAAGCCUGCACUUUCUUUGUGUUUUAAAUAAAGGUAUUUUUUAAAUAUUUAUUUUGAUUUUACUUCAAAUUUUAUAGGACCUCAACCCCAUAAGAACUCAAGAUCAAAGUCUGUCCCAAAUAUUAGCCCAGAAGACUUAAUGCGUUUGCAAAUGUCAAACCGAGAACAAGGUAACAUAUAAUAUUUUUAAAUCUAUAUCUACAUUUGUUAUAUGCUGAUUGAUAUAAAUAUAAAUAAAAAUCCAUCGGAAUUGUACAGCUUGAGAAUGAAUGAACUAGAUUAAAUUUGUAAGAUUAUUUAUCAGGAAAUACUGCUUAAAGGUCUGAAGUUUAUAUUGUUAAAAACUUAUAUCUCCCAUCCUUAAAAGAAACAAUCUUGUAAAAUAAUAAUAUAAUUUAUUUAUUUAAUUUUAAGUGGGCCAAUAUAAAAGCUUUUUUAAAAAAAAUUACUGUUAUGAAAUGUUGAAAAACUGACUUAAUAAAAAAGUAAUAACUUUUUCUCCAGUGAGAUCAACAAUAAAACAAUCAAGCCAAACUCAUUCUGUUGUAAGUCCUUCUCUGCCACCCAACCACCCAGCUUCUGUUCCCCCAUCCCUGCCGCCCAACCACCCAGCUUCUGUUCCCCCACCAUUACCACCUAACCAUCCCCCACCUCUGAAGCACUCUGCAAGCCUGGACAAUGCAUGCCAUGUAUGUUUUCUGUUUUAUCACACUUAAAAUAUUUAAAAAUACAGAAUGCAAUGUAGUAGUAAAGGGAAUUGAUAUUUAAAAAAAAAUUCACUUAAUUUAAAAAUAAAUAUAUAAUGAACAAUUCAAUUGUGCAAAAUGUUUACAAAUUUUGAAAUGGAAAUUUUAGGUAAAAAUAAAUGGUUUCUAAAUUGUUUAUUAUUUCUUUAAUUGUUUAUGUUUAACAUUACCAAAUUUAUUCUUUAAGCCUCAUAUCAUUAAUUAUAAAGAAGAUUUUUAUCAUAUAAAAUGUAGCUUUAAAGGUCUUAGUAUCUUUUAAAGUCAAAUCAUCUUAAGUUGAUAGUGUUAAAAAUAAAACUUUUAAAGUUACUCCCAUACAAUAAUAUUUUUCUCAUUUUUAAUAUCAAAUCAGCCCAAAGGUGUGGGACCAAGAACUUUUCAUUCAAUGAGCUCAGCUGAUGGUCAAGGACACAAGCUGCAAGCCACACUUAAAUAUUCAAAAAGUGUAUGUGAAGAACAAAACAUCAAAAAGGUAGGUAUACAAUCUGAAUGACUCAAGUUUUGGUACUUGAAUUUUUUAUCACAUUUAAGCUAACAAACUUGAAUAAAAUUUUCUUCUAUGUAUCUGACCAUCAUCACUUAGACUAGCUGUUAAUGCUUGUUUAGGAAAAAUAUCUCAUAGCAUUUGGGAUUAAAAGGAGAUAGAGCAAUACAUUCAGUCAUUUAUUUUUAAUUUAAUUUUGUAUUUUAAAAAACAAAUGAAUAUUAAUAGGACUUGAAAAGGUAAAACAAGCCUGAAUUUAUAGGUCCUACUUUCUUGCAUCUCUAUUAUUUUAUUAAUAAUGAACAAAAGAAGGGCCUAUUUCAUAAAAGCUAAAUUUAUUCCUCGAUUUUAAAGAUAUUAUUUAUGUACCAAAAUGAAGAAUUAGCAAAAAUAAACAUUGCAUAAACAAGGUGACAUCACUAUAUUAGCUAUUUUUAUUCUAUUUAAUACUCAGGGACCUGAUGUAGCUCCUAAGUCCUCAAGUGAUAACUCAAAUAAACAAACAAGUUCAUCGAGUGGUGCUCCUGUUUCAAAAGGUAGAAGCUUCUUAUAAUUUUAGUUCUAAAAGGUUGAAAAUAUCCCGCAUCCGUCAGUAUAAAACAACAAAUAUCUGUAAGUAAAAUAUUAAAUGAACAAAGACAAAGGAUCUGAUGUGCUAAUUAUAUAACAAAUGAUUUACCUUCAGGUAAUAAGAUAAUGAUUUUUAAAAUGUUCUUUCAAUUUGUCUCUGUACUUCAAGUCCUCUUUAUAUUUUUUCAAAUAAAUGAGUAAAGUAUCAUCCUUAGAAAGUUGUUCUUGUUUUAAUCUCACUAUUAAACAUUCUUGUAGGCCAUAUUUAAAAGUGAGACAACUAUAUGAUAUGUGAUUUAAUGAUUAUUGUAAUUGUUUUGUAGUUUGCAGUUAUAUGCUUAACAACGUCAAUAAAAAAAAACCCAUUACAGAUUUGAAUCUCUGUCACAUUUUAUUUAUUUGAAGGAAAAUAAAAAAAGAGACCUACUCAGCUAAGAUAAUGCCAUAAUCAUAAAAUAUAUUUUCUAAUAAAUAAUUCGAGUGUUGUUUUUGUCAUUUGGCUCUAGUUUGGAGUUUUUUGUGUGUUUGUCUUUCACAGCUAUUGUAAAACCCACAUCAAUAACAAUAGCAGAAAACAGUUUAAGAGAUGACAUGGAUAUAAUUUAUUCCAAAGUUCGAGAAGAUUUGCCAAUAAUAUGGAUACAAAAUUAUGAAAAUGCAUUGAUUUCUACUGAAUAUUCACCAAAUAAAACACCAGCUGCCAAUAGUUCAAAUCGCGAUGAGAGUGAAAGCUGUGCAGGACCAAGUGGAGAAACAUUACACCAUCAAGACAUGGAAGAAAGUACUUAUGAACUGGUUGAUAUGUCAGUGACUGAUGCUUUAAAUAGAGGCACUGUACCUUCUACUGAUUAUUCAGUACAUCAUUCUAGAAACUCCGAUUUGUAUGAAUCUGUAGAAAAUGUAACCUUCAGCAUCCUGGACAUUUUCCAAAAUGAAGAAUCCCCACAAAGCAGGCAAUUAAAAGAUGACUUGGAGGAACCAGAUAAUGAAAUAAAAAGAAGCAUGGUACUCCCUCCAGCAUUUAAAUUUUACUUAAAUUCAGAGCAAACCAAAAUCCCAAUAAAAUGUUCUGAGAUAAAUUAUUUGGGCAAAUAUGAUCUUCUUAAAAUUGAGACUUCAAACAAUGGAAACAAUUUUGCUGAAGUAGAACAUGAUAUUGACAGUCAGUCCCAGAAUGCAAACUGGCAACAUGAAAUGGCAUUGAAGAAAAACAUAACAUUACAAAAAUUAAUGGAAGAGAAUGAAGAUUAUGAGGUUAUUCAAAAUCAAACCAGCCAGAUCAUUCAUUAUGUUUCAAAUCCUGAUCAGGUCUAUGAAAGCAUUUUUUGGAUGCCUGUACAGAAAUAUUCAGAACUAAAAUUGAAUGAUGACAAUACAGAAAAUGUGUCCAUUUUGAAAAGAGCCAGCACUUUAGAAACAUGCUCACGUCCCACUUCACAAUAUUCUUUAAAUGGAACAUAUUCAGAAGUUGGGGAAAUUGCCACAAAUUUUUUGAAUGUGAAGUCCUCAAAUACUUACAUAGAUAUUAUUGCCAACUAUGAUGACAUUAAAGCUGCAAGGGCAGCCAGAGGCAGUUUCAGUGGGCCCAGCACAGACACAUUUUUCACACCUUCCAUACGGAGAAGUCAAUCAGAAAUGUGUAAACAUAACUCCUUAGAAGGUGAUUCAUAAUCUAAAAGUUGAUGGUGUUUUUUUUUUACUACCAUUAUCUUGGUUUAAAUUGAGAGAUGGCUUUCAUUUUUUAUGCCACAAGCUGUACUAACCUCACUAGAUUUGGUAUUUUGGUAUUGAUUUGUUUACUUAAGAAACUUAUAACACAAUAAAUAAGUGCUGGUUGUUGGCUGGUGUGACUUUAUUUCACAGAACUGAACUCAAAGUUUAUUUAUUCAAGUUUUAGGCAUGAUUUAUUUCUCCUGCAUGUAUUGUUAUUUAUUUUAAAUUUCCUAAUCAACUUUAUUUUAUUAUUAUUUCAAAAUUAAAUUGUUUGCAAAUCUUAGCAAAUAAAUUAAAGCUUUGUAACUGGUGCUAUAAAAAAAAUAUUAAAAAAUUAUUUAAAAAACUUUUAUUAAAAAAUGCACUAAAAAAAGAAAGAGUUUUGUUAACCAAUCACUUUUUGUGCCUUCAUCAGAGGAUUCAGCAGUUUUUGGUAAUUUUUACUUGAGAUAUGAAUGCAUUUCUAAUAAUUCUUUAUUUCAUUUACAGUUUACAUCUUUAUUUGCCUUAAUUUUUUAUAAUUUUUUGCCUUCCAGAAAAUUUUAAGAAAAAGCUUGAAGGUCUUCUGGGAAGUACAACAAUGUCUGCUAGUGUUGCAAAUUUGGCUCCAACCACCUAUAAACCUCAAAUACCACCCCCAAGAAAUGGAUCUGAAAGCUUUGAUCACUACCAAAAUGCCCAGGAGAUUAGAAACAGAUCUAACAUGCAAUAAUAACAGACAAGGAAUUUUUAGUACACUACUGUGCUAGAUUUAUGCGUUGCAUUUUAUAUAUUUGGGAGCAUAUCAAAUUCCUUGUACAGAUUAGUUACAUUUGAACAAACCCAAUAGAUAAUGAAGUACUGUCUUUAAAAAAUAUUAUGUCUAGCUUAAGUAACAUUUAGUUAAAUCAUAGGUGAAUCUCAAUUCAAUGGCCAGUGAUGUAUAAAUUAAAUUAUAAUUCUUUAUUAAUUGAAUGAUUUUUUAAAUUUCCAUUUAAGAAUGGCUGACACCAAAUAAGGUCAGUACAGAUUGGUAACUAUAAAUGAGGAAAUAGGUCUAUAAUUUUAACCACAUGUGUUAUUAAGCAGUGGGUAAUAUACUAAAAAAGCUAAAUGCAGUAUUGCCUAAUCCACUCUCUGGUAACCAAACAGCCUUAGAUGAUAAAACUGAAACUUUGUUGGCUUUAUUGGUACAUGUGCAGCAUAUUAUAUGAACAUGUAAACAUUAAGUGGAGGCCAUAUAUGCAUAUGUGAACAUAAAGUUGAGAGCAAUAAGAAGCAAGAGCUUUCUAAUUUUAAGCAGAUCUAAACAGGAACUGAGGUUGUAAUACUCAGUGGGAAGAAGUUGAUCUAAGGGCUGUGUGUUGGUACAUAAAUUUGAAGGCGUAGAACAAAAUUAUUUGCUUUUCUAAAUUGGCACUUCCAUCAAUUAUUUCAUUCCCUGUAAAACAAACAACAAUCUUGCCAAAACUAUUGUUAAUUGUAACAAGCCAAUUCCUGUUUAUGAUAGCAGUGUCCUUUUUUUUGUGAAUCACUCAAACUGCCUUUUGCCACUCUUAAAUUUAAAUAACAUUAUUAUUAUUCUAGACAUUUUUGUAUUGAAAUCAGUUUAUUUUUUAUUUUUUAACUGUAGUACCUUAAUUAUUUCUGCAUCAAUUUUCUUCAAACUUUUUUAAAAUAAGCCCUAUUACCUUUUUACAUUUUGUUACAAAUAAUAUUUAACUAAUCAGCUAUUGAGACAUCAUAUGUUGGUUAAAUUUUAUUUAUUGAAUGCCUUUAUCUGUGAUAUAUUUUGGAUUCAUGUUUUCAUCACUUAUUAUAUGCUCUUAUCAUUUUGAUUCCAUCAUGAAUAUUUUUUUUGCUUAAUUCACUUAAAAGAAAUGUAAACAUAUUUAAACUUUCUUUAUCUUGAAUAAAAUUAAAUUUUCAUGCUAUCUGAUCAGUGGUUACAUUGUGAGAUGAGGCGGAUGUUCAAAUUGGUAAAGAAUUAUAGCUUCUUCAUAAUGCCAUUCAAUGAAUAAAAUAAUCCAUUUAACUCAUGGCACAUUCCUAAACUACUUAAAAUAAUGUAUAAAGGAUCUAGUUGAAAAUAGUUGUAAUGUCUAAGCUUAAUGUCAACAUUCAAUCCAAUUUACACACUUUUAUUACAAUAGUUAUUUAAAAAUAAUUUUUUUGCUUAAAUUACAUUUUCACAAAAUCAAAAUUGAUAAUUCAGAGAAUGACUAUUUCAUGUUUUAUGACUAUUUCAUGUGAAUAAAAUUAUGGAUUUUAUUAUCUCUUUAUUGUUUAAACAUUGGAUGCAAUGAAUUUAGUUGUUUUAUUAUGUGACUUUAUCUGUAAAUAAUAUGUUAAGUGCUGUACACAAAGAAACCAGAUAUCAAUAAAUAUGUACUUAUCUUUUAAUGAUUACAUGUAAAUUUCAUGAACACUCGCUAAAGUAUACUUAAAUGCACAAAUCUAAGGGGUUAAGAAUGGCUUCAUUUGUGUAGGGUUAUCACCUUGAGCAGAUGCAUUCUACAUUUUCAGCUUUUAUUGAGGUUUGUGUGUGGGUCACAUGUUCAGCUUUAUUUAGGCCAUUUUGUUCCUAAACUUUUAAGUUUUGUGGACCUGUGGAAUAGUUUCCCACUGCACCACGGGCCGUUGCCAGAUAUAUUAAUUAUUUUGAUAUUCUUAUUUGACCUUAAACAUGUCAUAAAAUUUUUUUAAAUCCAUGAUCAACCAAUUUGAUAAAACUCUAUUAAGUGUUACCAAAUAAUGCUAGCAGUUAUAUUUUUUUAUUGGCUUUGUAAAUUUCUUUAAAUUAUUUACAGUUUCUUGCCUCAUUUCAUGCAGACCUUAACAUAAGACACACGUGCGGCACCAGUUGAGGGGAAAACCACUUUGAGAAAAAUUGAUCUAGGGUUUGUUUAAGCCACAUGUUAAAAUGGGAUCUUCGCUUAAUUGAUGACCAAUUCUGAUCAUAAGUUGC